CGAACGCCAAGGCUCCCAUGAUUCCCACGCACCACAUCCAGCAGGCCAAUAGACUUUGGGGGUACUUUUCUCAGAAAGGAAACCAUUUCUUUUUCUCCUUCAACCUCUUCUUUACUCUUCUAACCCAUCCCGCAGCACGACACAUACAGCAACCAUGACUGAAAUCCAUCCUGCCCCCGUUGAGGCCAAUGACUUUCUCGACUUUGUGAACCAGGCCCAGUCGCCGUUCCACGCGACGGAGCAGGCGGUGAUCCGUCUGCGCAAGGCAGGCUUCCAGGAGAUUAAAGAGAAGGAGAACUGGAACAGCAUCCUCAAGCGCAAUGGCAAGUACUUUUUCACCCGUAACAAGUCUGCGGUCAUUGCCUUUGCUGUUGGAGGCAAAUACAAGCCCGGAAACGGUUUCUCGGCCAUUGGUGCCCACACGGACUCGCCUUGUUUGAAGGUCAAGCCCGUCUCCAAGAAGGAGAAGCUUGGAUAUCUCCAAGUUGGCGUUCAGCUCUACGGAGGAGGUCUUUGGCACACCUGGUUCGACCGCGACUUGAGUGUUGCUGGUCGUGUUGUUGUUGAGACUGAUGGUGGCAAGCUGGAGAGCCGUCUGGCUCGUAUUGACAGGCCUAUCCUCCGCAUCCCUACCCUCGCUAUCCAUUUGGACCGCUCUACCAGCGCCGAUGGAUUCAAAUUCAAUAAUGAAACCCACUUGACUCCCAUCAUCUCGACUGUCACCAAGAGCUUGACUGGCGAGCCCGCAAAGGCUCUCAAGCCCGACACCGAGAUCAAUGGCGACAUCCCCCUUGCUGAGAAGCACCACCCAAUCCUUAUGCACCUGCUUUCAAAGGAGCUGAAUGUCCCAGUCGACAAAAUCAUGGAUUUUGAGCUGUGCCUUUACGACACCCAGCCCUCGGCCAUUGGAGGUGCCUACAACGAGUUCAUCUUCUCUGGCCGCCUUGACAACUUGAUGAUGUCGUACUGCUCCAUCGAGGCAUUGGUCAAAAGUUUGAAGAACGCAGAUUCGUUGGCCAACGACCCCAACAUCCGACUGGUCUCGCUCUUUGACAAUGAAGAGGUCGGAUCCAACACCGCCCACGGUGCUGACUCAAACCUGCUCCCCAGUACUUUUGAGCGUCUCAGCUUGGCGACCUACGACAACGAUGCCAGCUCUAGCCAUACCGCAACUGCCUACUUGGAGGCCUUGCCCAAGAGUUAUCUGAUCAGCGCAGAUAUGGCCCACGCUGUCCAUCCCAACUAUGCGGAGAAGCACGAUGAUGGCCAUCGUCCUCACAUGCACAAGGGUGUUGUUGUCAAGGUCAACGCCAACCAGCGCUAUGCUACGACUGCGCCUACGACUGUGGUAUUGCGUGAGGUCGCCAAGAAGUACUCUGUGCCUCUGCAGGAGUUUGUCGUCCGCAACGACAGCCCUUGCGGCUCAACCAUUGGUCCCAUGCUCUCUGCCAAGCUCGGUCUCCGCACUGUUGAUGUCGGAAAUGCUCAGCUGAGCAUGCACUCUUGCCGCGAGGUUUGUGGCACUGAGGACGUUGCCUUGGCCAUCAAGCUGUUUGAAGGUUUCUUUGAGGAGUUCCCUGGUGUCGAUGCGCGCUUGACGGUUGAUUAAGUCAACGGACGGGACGAAUCACCAAGGGCGUAUACCUUCCGUACAC